AUGACGAUUUAUAGAGACUUGAAAAAUCAAGAUUUUGGGCCGGAGCCCGUCCGCGACCGGGGAAAGAUAUUUCAAAUGUUUAACGAUAUUAUUCGCGGAAAUAAAGAAUCAUCCGUUUACAUCGAUAAAAUUGAAUGGUGGAAGUACCGAAAGUCAUUAGACAACAAAAUGAAAGACUUGAUUGAUUGCCUUGAAAACAUUAUUGGGAUUUCGAGAUAUAUGUUUUAUGGUCUUAUAAAUGAUAGCAAAAUAGAUGAGACUUUGAAUGAUAUGUGCAUGCUUAUAACAGAAUUAGGAUUUAAGUCUAAAAUUAAUUUCAAAGCAUCAAUACUUAAGAGUUUAACUUGUUUACCAUGGGAAAGUAUCAAAUUUCUUACCAAACAACAAAUAUAUCGGCAACCCUGUAAUUCAAACUUGAUAGUUUCAUUAUUAAAAGCUAAUAUGACACUGAAUUGUUUGAAUUUUAAUAAUUCAUUUUAUAUGGUGAAUCUUACCGGCGACCUUAAAGCUACUCAGGAAAUGUUUGAACCUUGGUUUAAAUUAUUAGGCUGGAAAGGAUUAUGUAAUACGGCUCCAUCGAACGAACAGUUUUUAAAGGCUAUAACACAAUUCGAAUUAUUCGUAUAUUGUGGACAUGGUGCUGGUAAUGCAUAUAUAAAAAAAGAUGAGUUGAGUCAAGCAGAAGGAAAAGCAGUAUCCUGUUUAAUGGGCUGUAGCACCGGAUAUUUACAAUCCAAUGGUUUAUUUGAACCUUACGGUGUCUUACUUAAUUACCUCAUGGCGGGAUGUCCUACCGUUAUAGCCAAUUUAUGGGAUGUGACAUCAAGAGAUCUUGACAGAUAUUUUAAAAAUUUGCUCGAAAAUUGGAUUGAAAGUCCUUCAUCAUCGCUGGGAAUUAUUGUACAAAAAUCCCGCUUUGUUUGUAAAUUACCUUAUAUGGUUGGUUCAUCUCCAAUAGUUUACGGUUUGCCUUGUGUUCUUGAUGAAACUACAUUGAAUGUGCCAUCAAUAGAAAAAUAA